CAAAGUCAAAUGUCAUAACAUAACCUAACAGGACUGUGUCGUAAUAAAAUUUAAAAUUUCAUUAAAUAAAUUAAUUUAAUUACCAGUUAAAAAAUAAAUGAUACAAUGCCACUAGCUGAAUAUGUAGCCUCAUUGUCACAGAAUCCAUAUUUCGGUGCUGGUUUCGGCCUAUUUGGUGUCGGGGCUGCAGCGGCUAUUUUACGCAAAGGUUUUCAAACUUCUACGUUAUUGUUUCGAAGACAUUGUAUGAUAACUCUCGAAGUUCCGUGUCGGGAUAAAUCUUACCAAUGGCUGUUGCAGUGGAUCACACUGAAGGGAGCUAAACAAACUCAGCAUCUUAGUGUAGAAACAUCUUUUCUUCAAAAGGACACAGGCCAAAUAAAAACUAAAUACGACUUCAUACCUAGUGUUGGCCAACAUUUUUUUAGAUAUGGUGGAACUUGGAUAAAAGUGGAUAGGACAAGAGAACAACAAACUCUGGAUUUGCAUUUGGGCAUUCCAUGGGAAACUGUUACUUUAACAGCCUUUGGACGAAACAAGCAACUCUACUAUGAUAUACUUGAAGAAGCAAGGACAAUGGCUUUAAAACAGCAUGAAGGUAUGACAGUUAUGUACACAGCCAUGGGGUCAGAAUGGCGACCCUUCGGGCACCCUAGAAGGCGGCGACCUAUCAAAAGUGUUGUGUUAAAAUCAGGCCUGGCAGAAAAAAUCAUAACAGAUUGUCUGGAUUUCAUUGACAACCCAAACUGGUAUACUGACAGAGGUAUACCAUACAGAAGAGGUUAUCUGCUUCAUGGACCUCCUGGCUGUGGUAAAUCAUCCUUUAUAAUGGCCCUGGCUGGAGAGUUGGAGUACAAUAUUUGUGUGUUAAAUUUAUCUGAAAGAGGUCUUACAGAUGACAGAUUGAACCAUCUUCUUAGUGUAGCGCCGCAACAAUCAAUAAUACUCCUAGAAGAUAUAGACGCUGCAUUCGUGUCAAGAGAAGACACCGCCAAACAGAAAGCUGCGUAUGAAGGUCUUAACAGAGUUACGUUCAGCGGUCUACUUAACUGCUUAGACGGAGUUGCAUCCACUGAGGCCAGAAUAGUAUUUAUGACUACUAACUAUUUAGAAAGGUUAGACCCAGCGCUGAUUAGGCCAGGACGUGUAGACCUGAAGGAGUAUGUAGGCUACUGCGAUCAAGAUCAAGUAGAACUAAUGUUUCUAAGGUUUUACAAAGACGCCGCGGAUCAUGCGAGAGAGUUUGCCAAAAAGGUUAUGGAAAAAAAGAGAGACGUAAGCCCAGCACAAAUACAAGGAUAUUUCAUGUUCCACAAACACUCAUCACCAACAGAAGUACUAAACAAUGUAGAUUCAGUAUGGACGCUAGGAUAAUGUUAUGAUGGUUAAAGUCAUAGAAAUAAUUUAUGAAUUGUAGAUGUUUUCGACCCGCAUUGCUAAACUAGAGUUUCACUGUAAAUAAAAUAAUUUAUUCUUA